AGGAGGAGGAAGAGGAAGGGAGAGCACACGAAGCCUUGUCGAGCUGCAGCAGUGCCAUUCUAGUGAGCUGGUUGUUUGGGCUACUUCAGAAGAAACGAAUCGCGCACUGACCGCUGCAUUUCCAAAGCUAGCGUUCCCUUGUGUCACGACGGGUGAAUGGGCUUUAUAUGAACGGCAUUAGGCUGAUUUUAGUCUCGCUAAACCGCGUGCCGACAGAUCUCAGAGGAGCAAAGUUCGCCUUAGUGACACAUUAGCUACUAAUACGGUGGGAAUGUGACCCGAUACGUUUUGCAGACACUCCAAAAUGGCGAAUGGUGCAGCAAGUGCAGCCGUAUCUCCUGUAGACUAGACUGGUGUCGGUUUCUGCACUGAAGUUUCAGCGUUUCUCAUCCUGACUCGCGAGGAAAGUGUUCUUCCUCCCACAGAUGGGGAGGCUCCGCGUGGCGGUGGUGGGCGCAGGGGCCGCAGGCCUGUGUGCGGCCCGACACAUUUUGUCUCGACCCAGAGAGUUUGACCUCCCGGUGGUGUACGAGCUGACUGACCACGUGGGUGGUACGUGGUUCUAUGAGGAACGUGUGGGCACUUAUGACAAUGGCCUUCCUGUUCAAAGCAGCAUGUACAGGAACCUCAGAACCAACCUGCCUAAGGAGGUUAUGAUGUUUCCUGAUUUUCCCUUCGACUCCCACUUGCCCUCAUUUCUGUCCCACCAGGAUGUUCAGCAGUAUUUGGAGAGAUACUGCAAGAGUCAUGCCAUUACACCACAUAUAAAGUUCAACACCGUGGUGGAAGAGGUGAAGCCCAUCUCCAUGGAGACGGAGGAGGGGGGAGCUGUGACGUGGGAGGUAAUUUCGCGUGGCACGUACGGAGGGCACAGCACACAGACAUUCGACUCGGUGUUCAUCUGCAGUGGACAUUACUCUGUGCCUCACCUGCCCUCCAUUCCAGGAAUGGAGCAUUUUAAAGGAAAGGUGAUGCACAGCCACUCUUAUCGCUGCCCAGAACCGUUCGCCCAUCAAUCUGUUGUGGUUCUGGGUGCUGGAGCAUCUGGAGUUGAUAUCUCAUUCGAGCUCGCUCAAGCUAAAGCCAAGGUGACCCUGAGCCAUAAUAAGCCAGCUGUGCAGUUCUCUUUGCCCCCACAAAUUCAGCAGGCAGCCCCUGUGGUGAAGGUCUUCGAAGAUGGCUCUUUGCUGUUCCAGGAUGGAUCAGUGGCCCAAGCUCAAGUUCUCCUACUUUGCACUGGAUACAGUUACCACUUCCCAUUCCUCUGCCCCAAACAGCUUGGCCUGGAGGUAGAGCACCACCUAGUGGCUCCUCUGUACAAGUACCUGCUGCCUCCUGCCUUCCCCUCGCUCUUUUUUUUAGGCAUCUGCAAAGUGAUCUGCCCUUUUCCUCACUUUCAUUGUCAGGUCCAGUUUGCACUUGCAGUUCUUGAGGGCACAGUUCAGCUGCCUUCACGUGAAGUGAUGGAAGAAGAGGCUGAAAGAGAGAGAACAAGGAAAACACAGAUGGGUGUUCAAGCGAAACACUGUCUGAAAAUGGACUCCGAGCAGUGGGUUUACUACCAAGAUCUGGCGACCACAGCAGGAUUCUCUCCUCCACAGCCGGUUAUACAGAGUCUUUAUGAAGAAGUAAGGAGACAGCGCCAGGCGAAGCCUCAGGCUUACAAACAAAUUAACUACAGACUUGUUGAUGCCACGCAGUGGCAGCUUCUGGAAGCACCAUCUGUACCGAUAGAUAAGGUCUAGUGUUAGUUGUAGGACCAAGGGAAAGUGAUUAUAGGACCCCGUUUCAGUAUGUUUUAAACAUGCCCUCACCAACUUUGACUCACCACAUGGAAGUGCGUCACAUCUACAUUAAGCAAGUGGCCCCACACAGUACAAAUGGAAGAGCGGAGCAGAGGUUUUUAAUUGGAAUGCAUUUGCCUUCAACUAGGUUAGCAGUAAUGUGCUGAUCAGCUAGCUAUGCAAAUCCAAAACAUUUUUCAAACAUAUCGUACAUAAAAUUGGUGAAUAACUGUGUGUUGAAUUCUUGUUAGCCAUAUACACUUUAGCUAUAAUUAGCAGAUAAGUUGUAUUAACAUUUAGGGGUAUCAGGAGUAGCUUGUAUCCUAAAGCCAAUCUUAAGCAUUUUAACAUACUAUAUGACCAUAUGCUAUGGCUUCUACACAGCUUUGCUUACCUUUAUUUCUGAUUUCAGAAGAAAGGUGCAUCAGGUCUGUGAUUUCUGGGCAAGUUUUCCUGCAAAGUUGACAGUCAUGUUCACUUGAUUCCCCCUCUGAGGGCUCAACUAAUAAAAUUCACUUAAGCAAAUACAGUAAUUAA